CACAUGAAGGACAUCACAAGUUUCAUGCGACAUGAGCACCUCUCCAAAAAUCUAAAAAAGGAAGUUCUGGACUAUUAUGAGUAUACCUGGCAAAAAACCGGCGGCAUCGACUACAAUAAUGUGUUGAAGUUGUGUGACCAGAUUACUCUGCGUACUGACGCCAUAUUGCAUAUAUAUGGGCCGACAUUUGAGAAGGUUCUAUUGUAAUAUAUUCUUUUAUAUUCAUUUACACGAGUAAAGUGAUCGCCAAUAGUAUCCAACAUAACACUUUGAUCACAGUGUCCAUUUUUGUCUGAAUGUGACGCGUCCCUGCUGCGUGUGAUCGGAAGAGAAGUUCGUAGCGUUUACUUCCUGCGGGAAAUGUUGGUCGUGGACAAAAAUGAUGUAAUCAGUGAGUUAUACUUCGUCGAUGAUGGCGUCAUCGCAGUCAAAGAUGAUGCCAAUGAUUCCGAGACGAUUGCUGUACUCACUAAGGGCAGGUAAUAAUGUUGAAAUGAUUUUUUCUUAAUUUUAAUUUUAGCGAGAUAUAUUUUAUUUAAAUAAAAAAAAUAUGUAUAUGUAUGUAUAUAACAUUAUUUAAUUAAAAAUGCAAGACGAAUCAUGGUUACAACUCUUUUUCUAUAUUUUUUGGAUGGAUUCUAAAGCGUUCCGCUGCUUUAACUGCAGGGAUCAAACGACUUUUAAAUUCCCUAUC